CGGAAAUUGAAAACACGCUAAAGGGAACUAGAUUUCACCUUUUUCCUUUAAAUAAAAGUUAAGAAUGGUUAAAUCAUGCUCUGCAUAUGGCUGUAAAAACCGUUGGGAUAGUAGAAACAAAAGACAAUAUCACAACUUUCCAUUGGGCGACCCGAUGCUCCUGACUCGAUGGAUUGCAGCUGUGGGGAGAGCUUCAUGGAUGCCUACAAGAACCUCAUACUUAUGUAGUGAUCACUUUACCAAAGAUAGCUAUAAAUCAGAAGCAAGGAAAUACUUGAGAAAAAAUGCUGUUCCUACUUUGUUUGACUUUCACGGCUCAAAGACAAGUUCCGUAGCUAAAUGCUCUGUUACUGAACAUCCAUACAUAACAAGAAUCACUCCAUGUCAGGAGAGUGUUUCUGCAGUCGAGGAAGACAAUGCAGCUUGCGCUUCUAACUCCUCCAACAAUUGUAUGGAAGUUUCACCAGAUAUCUGUAAUGUUUCAGAAGAUGAGAACAUUAAUAAUAAUUGCACAGUUACUUCUGAAAGUAGUGUUGCAAAUGAAGAGAAAAGUCCUUCAAAAUGUAUACUCAUGCGCCAAAUUAAAAUCCUUCAACGAAAGUUAAAACAAAGAGAUGAGAAAAUAAAGAACUUACAAAUAUUGCUAAAUGCUACAUUAGACGGUAUGACGGACGAUGAAAUUUCAGGGAUGUGUAGUCAGCUACCGUUCAGACAGCUACUAUUUAAUUCAGCGGUAAAACAGUUUAAUAUUGAGGAGUAAAGUGCAAUAGCAGAAAUUUUCCUCUUUUAUGAAUUUGUUUUGAUUGUGUUCGUUAUUUACCCAAGAACUUAUUGUGUGGAGUACAAAAAUUAAAUAGCCAAAAGGCAUCGUAAUCCCGGAUUUGUGGAUAUUUCUAAUAUCUCUUUACCACCAAAUGGGAAGUCACUCCUCAUCCCUUGCAGUUUAAUCAUAGGCAUGCACAGGGCUUCAGGAAGGGGGGAGUACCACUGUACCAGGAGAUUGAAAUUGCGCUUGGAAAGGCCCCCAUACUUGCUCGCUUAAGGAAAAUUUUCAAGUAUUGUGAGUAAAAAAGCAUUUUUAAAGAGUAUGAAGUAAUAAAUUAAUGAACCUAAAAAUGUAAAAUUUUAGCCACUUUCGUAUUAACUUUCAUUUCUAUGUGCUAAUGGGGGUCCACGGUAGCCCUGGUGACCCCCGUGCGCACGCCUAUGAGUUUGUUCAAUAUGCACUUGCUUUGAUUUUGCUUAUUGCAAUGGAAACUUUAAUCUUUCUCACAGAAGCUCUGCACUUGUGAUUGGUACUGCAUAAUUUUAUCAACACGCAAGGUGCUAGUUCUGUUCUCUACAAUCAAUAUAUUGACAUCCUCCCCCGAGGGUCCCCUGUUCCGGUCACGUGGUGACAUACCAGAUGGGAGUCUCUCGGGACGUGUGUUGGCAGACUUAUUGUUACCUGCGCUAUUGAAUGUGCAACAAUGAAAGUAUCAUUGAUUAGUGUAAGAGUAGAACUUAGUAGAUUUUAGUAAAGGGGUGUCCUUCAGUUUCAGAAAAGAAACCCAUUCGAUGCCACCUACAAAAAAGAGCGAAUUGAAAUGUACAUGAAAUACACAGUCAAUUCCAGCUGAGGACUGCAGUUUCGUGCUUAUUAGCACUCAUCAGCCCAGCUUAGAAAGUGGCUGAGUUAUAGGUGGAAAACCUCUUAAGGAAGCCAAGAGUGCCGAACAAACUGGUAGCUAAUAUAGAAUUAGCACUGACCAGAUGAGUGACCGAAACAAUGGUUCAGUUCAACACGAAGAUUGAAGG